AUGAAUGAUAACAAUUUUUUUGAAGACUUGUACGAAUUAAAUUUUGAGGAUUUUUUAAAAAAUUUCAUGAGCAUAUUAUUUUCCUCUAAAGAAUAUGCAAAUAAUAAUAAUGAUGAUAUAGAUAAAUCUGAUAUAUAUGAAAAUAAUAAUUAUAUAUUAAAAAAGAAUGAUAUAAAAAAGAGCGCCUUAAGUUUUAUAGCAAAUAAUAUUAUCAAUAAUACAGAAAAUAUAAAAUUAUAUAGAAGAAUAUAUUGGCCUUUACUAUUAGGUAUAUAUAAAGCAGAUAACUUGGAAGAUUUAAUUAAAGAUAUUAAGAAAAAAAGAGAUUUAUAUAUACAAGAUAAAGAAGAAUAUAUUAUUAAACCAAUUAAUUUAAAUAUUCAAAAAUUAGAUCCACAAAUAUUCCAUCCAUUGUCAUCAGAUGAUAAAAAUCCAUGGACAUUAAAACAAAAAAAUCAAGAAUUAAAAGAAGAAAUCAAACAAGAUAUUUUAAGAACAUAUUCUGAAAAAAAAAUUUUCCAAAAUGAAGAAAUUAGAGAAAUAUUAAAUAAUAUUUUAUUUAUAUGGGCAAAAAAAAAUCCAGACAUAUCUUAUAAACAAGGAAUGAAUGAAAUACUAGCCAUUUUUUUUAUUGUCAACUACCGUGAACACCUUCAUAAUAAUAAUGAUUUUUAUGAAGAUCAAAACAAACUCUUUUAUAAAGAAUUUUCUAAUCUUUUUGACAAAGAAUAUAUCGAAGCAGAUACAUAUAUCAUAUUUGAUCAUUUUAUGAAUAUGGGAUUAAAAUAUUUAUUUACAUCCAUGGAUGAAAAAAAAAACUCAACCAAUAAAAAUACAUGUAAAACAGUUCUCUUACAUAAAUGCACAUAUAUAUUUCAUAAGUUACUAAAAAAUUCGGAUAAAUUAUUAUACAAUCAUUUAAUAUCAUUAAGUAUUGAGCCACAAAUAUUUUUGCUCAGAUGGAUACGUCUCUUUUAUUGUAGAGAAUUUCCUAUUGACGAUACAGUUAUUUUAUGGGACAAUAUUUUUGCAGAUUCGUAUCUUAAAAAUUGCGAUUCCCACCUCAACAUCGAUUUUAAAGGAGACAAUAUCGAGAUUGCUCAUAUGAUAUGCAGAAUCUUUCCUAUGGUGGAUUAUUUUGCUAUUUCCAUGAUACUAUUUAUUAGGUCCUUCUUAUUAGAGAGUGAUGAAAAUUAUUGCUUGAAGAGACUGUUUAAAUACCCUCCUGUAGAAAAUAUAAAAAUUUUAAUCGACUUGUCCUUCAAAAUAAAACAAAGAAAUGAGAAAAAAGAAAAACAUACAAAAAAGGAGGAACCUCAUAUAAUUCACAAUAACAAUUUAAGCAAAAAAGAAGAUAUAUUUAAUUUAACAUUUAACAAUAAUAAUAGUAUAACUGGUGAAUUAAAUAUACAUAAUAUAAACAGUAACAUGAACAAUAAUAUGAGCAAUAACAUGAACAAUAAUAUGAGCAAUAAUAUGAGCAAUAACAUGAACAGUAACAUAAACAAUAACAUGAACAGUAACAUAAACAAUAACAUGAUCAAUAACAUAAACAGUAACAUAAACAAUAGUCGUUAUAAUAAUAACAAUGAUAUGAAAAACGAAUAUAUGGACAAAAACAACCACCAUUCAAACGUCAAUAAUUUAUCUUAUAACAAGAUAAUACCAAAUAUACAUAAAAUUAAUAAUAUAGCUUAUAUAAAUAAAAAACUAUUAAAAGUUAUUCAUAAUUUAAACAAUUUAUAUACCUAUAAUAUGAUAAAUGAACAACAUUAUAAAACUGAAUUACAACAAAAUAUAUUUCAUUUGAAUGAAAUUUAUAAUGAGCUAAAAAACAUACAACACUCAUAUGAUGAUAGUGUAUCAGAAAAUAUACAAUUGGAUAAGACGAAUGAUUUACCCUCCAUAUAUUAG